UGCUUUUCGCCAAUCCAGCACUGCAUGUGCAGUUAAUGCUGGAGAUGCGUAUAGUAGUUCUGGCUAGAUAUCCAUCUCUUUGCUUGUUUCUUUUCCUCACCCAGAGCUUUUUUCCUUACCCCCUAAAUUUUGCUCUAGUGCUGCCGCGUGAGCUGUUGGAUUCGUUGGGUCCCGCAGUGUGACCGGCUUUGCGGUGCGUCUUCAAGAGCAUCAGCAUUAUCUUUAGUGGACACACAACGAACAGUUCCGUGUGCUGCCGCAUCAUGUUGGCAUAACUCUGCUGAAGAACUGAAAUUAAUGAAUGGCCGGAGAGGAGCGAUGAUCUGAAUUAACUCUUUGAUGUGAAGGGAAUCAGGAAAGGGCUUUUAUACUGCAUACUGGCGAGGGAACACGGGAAUGAGGCUUUAAACACGUUUCUUGACGCUGUGAGUUUUCUUGUUGAAGUUGGCUUUGCUCAGCCAUGGAAAUAUGAAGUGGAAUGGAUAUUCCGAUGAGUGUUCCUUAGAGAUGGAUGGAAGAUUUUCCAACCUUUCCCCUUUAUGAAUCUUUUCGUGAUGACUCUGGAAAGGUGGAGCGAUCAGGAAAAGCUAAUGACGGACGGAGCUAUUGAUCCAUUAAGAGCACCAGAGGGGUUUGGAAACGUUUGGAUGAAAAUGUCUGAGCCUUUUUCUGGUUUUAUACGGAACUACUAAUGCAUAGUCGUGGACCCCUGCUGGAAUCUCAAUUGUCAGUAGCUAUAGUGAGAUGAAUUCAGGGCUGUUGAUAUUCGCUGUGAUUUUUGCUUCUUUUUUCGCAAAUAUCCAUAUUUCCUUCUAAAAGUAUUCUAAUCUAAAUGGAAUUAGUUGAGAAAGCCCUUUGUGAACGGAAUAGACAUGGUACAUGGGAACAGGUUCCUUCACGUUGUUGCUGGUCUUCUCAUGCUUGGGUUGUCUGGGGCAACAAAGAAGGAAGCAGUGAAAAACAAUUCAGGAGUGCAGCCGGCAGGGCAGUGUGGAACCUGGGUGAAAGAACCAGAGGGAGGUCUCUUCACCUCACCCAAUUACCCAAACAAAUAUCCUCCAGAGCGAGAAUGCAUCUACAUCAUUGAAGCUCCCCCGAGACAAUGCAUUGAUCUUUUCUUUGAUGAAAAGUAUUCAAUAGAGCCUUCAUGGGAAUGUAAAUUUGACCAUAUUGAAGUCAGGGACGGACCCUUUGGCUUUUCUCCAAUAAUUGGACGCUACUGCGGCCAGCAGAACCCUCCAUAUAUCAGAUCGAGCAGCCGUUACCUAUGGAUAAAAUUUGUUGCGGAUGGUGAAUUGGAAGCGAUGGGAUUUUCUGCAAGCUACAAUUUCACAGCAGAUCCCGACUUUAAAGACGUAGGAGUCCCAAAACCUCUUCCCUUUUGUGAAUUCGAGAUGGGAGGACCUGAAGGCAUCAUUGAAUCGCAGCAGAUCACCAAAGACGGCAAAGCCUUGCAGACUGAGGCAGUGGACUGCAAUUGGUACAUCCGUGCCCCUCCUCGAUCCAAGAUCUACUUGCGUUUCCUAGACUAUGAGAUGCAGAACUCCAACGAGUGUAAGCGUAAUUUUGUGGCGGUGUAUGAUGGCAGCAGCUCAGUAGAAGACCUGAGGAAUAAAUUCUGCAGCACGGUGGCCAAUGACGUCAUGCUGGUGUCCACGCUGGGCGUGGUCCGGAUGUGGGCCGACGAGGGCAGCCGAAAGAGUCGCUUUCGGAUACUCUUCACUACCUUCCAAGAGCCUCCCUGUGAGGCAGAUACUUUCUUCUGCCACAGUAACAUGUGUAUUAACAACACGCUGGUGUGCAACGGAAUCCAGAACUGUGUCUACCCUUGGGAUGAAAACCACUGCAAAGAAAAGCGGAAAGCCAACAUCCUGGACAACCUCAACAACACCAACGGCACCAUCAUCGGCAUUACAUGCUGCAUCGUACUGAUCCUCCUGGUCGUAUCGGUCAUCGUCCAAAUCAAGCAGCCGCGGAAGAAGUACAUCCUGAGGCGGGAGGACUUUGACACCACCAUGUUCCAGGAGGUGUUCCAGGAGCCGCCGCAUUACGAACUCUGCACUCUCCGCAGCGCGCCGGCCACCUCUGCAGACCUGGCCGAGCUGGCCGAGGACUUUGAGAGCUACAACAAGCUCCGGCGCGCCUCCUCGCGCUGCAUCCACGAGCAUCACUGCGGCUCCUCGCAGCUGCCCAGCAACAAGGGCAGCCGCACCAACCUGAGCGCCCGCGAGGCGACGGCCGCCAUCCUGACGGACCUCCCGCCGCAGCCCAUGCGGCCGCUUCCUCCCCAAACCAACCGCAGGAACAUUCUGGUAAUGAGACACACCUACUCACAAGAGGCCGCUGAUGCCUGUGACCUGGACGAUGACCUGGAGGAAGUGCCCACCACCAGCCACAGGCUGUCCAGACACGAGAAAGCAGUGCAGCGACUUCUUGAAAAUAGUGCAAUCCUGGAUCAGUACGAACGGGCUUCAAUGAAAUAUGAAAACAUGGACCGGAGAUUUACACCAGCAUGAUAAUAACAUGGACAUUUUAAAGACAAAUUUAUCAAAACAACCGGCAGAUGUAAAGAAGGACGUGGAUUCGGUAACAGAGGAAGUGACUGUGAUGAAAUCGCUUUAACAUGUAGCUCCUUAUUUAGGUUCAUUGCCUUUUUUAAGGUUACUUAUUUAGGAUUGCAGAACAUUACAUGAAUAGAUGUGAAUUAGUACUUUCAGGACUGUUGUAGUGCAUGCGUGUUAUUGUCAUGUUUUUCCACCAAAAACUGUCUUUUUAUUUGUCAAAACAAUUUUAUUUAAAGGUGCAAUAGGGGAUUGUCUUCAGAAAAUUUUUUUGUUAUACUGGUUGAAAAUCUCUUCAAUAGAAAUCAUUAAGUUAAGUGGUUUUAAUUUAUUUAUCUUUAUUUAUAUAUUGUGUGGAAGGCAUAGGCCCAAGAAAUGUACAUCCAAUCGGUUCGAGCGUUUUAAAUAGCUUUCCUACCUGCCUGUCAACGUAUGUAUCUGUAUACUUGUGCACACCCUGUUCACGUAAACAGAAUACAUCAUUAGUGCAUUCAUGCUGUGCAGACAUCAACAACCCGUUCUUCCUUCCUCGUAUUGUAGUACAUUUAAAGUUUUCUCGCUGGUUAUUGACAUAUGAUGUAGCCCAGUGGUUCCCAAUUCCAGUGCUCAUGCACAUAUGGCGCUUUCCACCACAGGAACUUUACCCAGGAACUAGGGACUUUGG